AUGUUUUUUUAUGGGUACAGCAUGGAGAGAAUCCUUGAACGUUAUGAAAGAUACUCAUAUGCUGAGAGGCAGCUUCUAGCAAAUGAUGAUACUGAAAGCAAUGGUAACUGGACUUUGGAAUAUGCAAAGCUCAAGGCUAGGGUAGAGGUUUUACAAAGAAACCAAAGGCAUUUCAUGGGAGAAGAGCUUGAUUCCUUGAGCCUCAAAGACCUUCAAAAUUUGGAGCACCAGAUAGAUUCAGCACUUAAACACGUUAAGGAAAAGGAGAAGGCAAUAGCUCAACAAGCAGAAUGGGAACAGCAAAAUCCUGUCUUGGAUUCACCUACAAUUCUUCUGCCACAGCCAAUGCAGCCCUUAAAUAUAAGAAGCAGCCAUCUGGCGAGAGGAAUUGGAGAUGAGGAGGAACUCCCUCCAAUCCAGCAUCGAGCCAACGCACUACUGCCUGCUUGGAUGCUUCGCCACCUUAAUGAAUAA